AUGUUUCUUCCGAAACUUGUCACUCGGCGUUCUUCGAAACUUGUCUACAGUUUCUGUCGAUCAGUGCAACAUCGAAAACCAGUAGAGAUCAUUCCACCACAAAGACAAAAGCCAAGAUUCGAUUCAGCUCAGUUCGAAGCGUCGAUCAAACCGUAUGCAGAAGAUGUCACAACAGAAAAUCAAUAUGAAAAAUUAUGCAAUAUGAUCUUACCACUAGCGAAUUACUCCUACGAUGAACAAUUGAAUAUUAAACAAGGCAUUGUAGAACAACUAUUCGAUCAAAUCGGUAAUGCUAUUCUGUGGGAUAAACGAAUUGAUAGCCAAGUUUUGAAAUAUGUGGAAUUUCAUGAGGGGCACUUUUGUCAGGUGAAACGGAUUGUUCCAUCACCUUUAACUGAACAAUAUCGGUGUAAAGAUGAUCUGUCCUGCGGAUACGAUGUUGAUGGACAGAAAACGAUUGGAUUUUAUAUCAAUCCUUUGAAUAACAAAAAAUUUCCCAAUACUUUGUGCGUAUCACCGAUACAUUUGAAAAGUAUGAAAGCGAAACAUGCCUUAGUUGCCAAGCAUUUCGAUCGAUUUCUCAAACAACAUCCAUUACCUGUUUGUGCAAAUACGAAUAUAUUAAAAAAAGAUCAAUACUGGCGUACGAUGUCAUUAAAGUCUAAUGAACAAGGGCAUCUAGUAAUGACUGUCGUCGUGCAUCCUCAAUCGUUAAGUAAGGUGCUUUGGACCGAAAUCGAUCAGAUAAAAAAAGAUUUAUUGAAUUACUUCAUUGAUGGACCUGGCCGCGAAUGCGAAAUCAAUUCGAUUUAUUUUCAAGCAUCUGCACAUAAUCGUUCUACGAGCGACAAGAAUCCACUCGAAUUGAUUCAUGGCGAAGCAUUUCUCUACGAAACAUACAACGGAAAGAAAUUCCGUAUCUCGCCUGAAUCGUUAUUCCAAACGAACAAGCAAACUUCAGAAAUUUCCUUUCGAACAGUUUUUGAUCAUGCUCAAUUAGACGAACAUACCGUUCUAUUAGACAUUGGCUCAGGCAUUGGUGUUCAUUCCAUAAUGGCUUCACCAAUCGCGAAAAAGGUUUAUGCUAUCGAUCCAUUGAAAUUGUGUAUCGAAGAUGGUGAAUUCAAUGCUAAAUUAAACGGUUGUCGAGAUAAUAUCGAAUGGAUUUGUAGUUAUGCCGAAGCAAAUUUGCAUCGCAUAUUAAAAAAGAUUGGUGAUUUACAUGGAAAUAAUUCGCGUCUUGUCGCGGUUAUUAAUCCAUCACGAUAUAGUCUUACAAAUAAAACAAUAAGUAUCAUGCGUAGUUUACCAUCGAUUCAACAACUUAUCUACGUACUAAACAAAACCGAUCAACAAGUUAUGCAUAAUCUUUAUGAAUUGGCAGCUGGCGAGAGAUCUAAACUGAAAGAAGUUGGGAGACCGUUCAUCCCAACUGAUGUCUAUCCCAUCGACAUGCUUCCGCAUUCGACAAAUGUUGAAACUAUUGUAAAAUGUAUUCGUGUUUAA